GCUAGCACUUCACAUCGCCAUCGCGUCCUUCCCAGCAUGGCACGCCUCCCUCCUCUGGCUGCUCUCUUCUUCCUCUGUUUGCUGUGCGCCUGCCACGCGGCCGGGCCCAGCGGCAACCCGAGCGCCGUGCUGCUGCCGGUGGGGAAGGACGACGCCACGCAGCAGUACGUGACGGGCUUCCGGCAGCGCACGCCGCUGGUGCCGGUGAAGGCGGUGCUGAACCUCGCGGGCGCCACGCUCUGGGUGGACUGUGAGGCCGGGUACGUGUCCUCGACCUACCGCCGCGUGCCGUGCGAUUCCAAGCCGUGCCGCCUCGCGCGCUCGGCCGCCUGCGCCACCAGCUGCUCCGGCGCUCCGAGCCCGUCCUGCCUCAACGACACCUGCGGCGGGUUCCCGGAGAACACGGUCACGCAGGUCAGCACGGGAGGCAACAUCAUCACCGACGUGCUGGCGCUGCCCACCACGUUCCGCCCCGCGCCGGGCCCGCUCGCCACGGCGCCGGCGUUCCUGUUCACCUGCGGCACCACGUUCCUUACGCAGGGACUCGCGGCCGGCGCCACGGGGAUGGCGUCACUCAGCCGCGCCCGCUUCGCGCUCCCGACGCAGCUCGCCGCCACGUUCCGUUUCUCCCGGAAGUUCGCGCUCUGCCUGCCGCCGGGGGGCGCGGCGGGCGUCGUCAUCUUCGGCGACGCGCCCUACGUGUUCCAGCCCGGGGUGGACCUGUCCAACUCGCUCAUCUACACCCCGCUCCUCGUCAACCCGGUGAGCACCGCCGGCGUGUCCACCAAGGGCGACAAGUCCGACGAGUACUUCAUCGGCGUGACGGGCAUCAAGGUGAACGGCCGCGCCGUGCCGCUGAACGCGACGCUGCUGGCCAUCGACAAGAAGGGCGUGGGCGGGACCAAGCUCAGCACGGUGGCACCCUACACCGUGCUUGAGUCCUCCAUCCACAGGGCCGUCACCGACGCGUUCGCGGCCGAGACGGCCAUGAUCCCGCGGGCGCCUCCCGUGGCGCCGUUCAAGCUGUGCUACGACGGGAGCAAGGUCGGGGGCACGCGCGUGGGCCCGGCCGUGCCCACCAUCGAGCUGGUGCUGCAGAGCGAGGCCGCAUCGUGGGUGGUGUUCGGGGCGAACUCGAUGGUCGCCACCAAGGGCGGCGCGCUCUGCCUCGGAGUGGUGGACGGCGGCGAAGCUCCACGGACGUCGGUGGUGAUCGGCGGGCACAUGAUGGAGGACAACCUGCUGGAGUUCGACCUGGAGGCGUCGCGGCUGGGGUUCAGCUCCUCCCUGCUGUUCCGGCAGACGACCUGCAGCAACUUUCGCCUCGGCUAGAAGCAAUGCCAAUAGCGGCUACUUGCCAGUGUGUCCGACCUGAACAUUGAUUGGGUUGUAUUUGUAUCUGUAUGUCCGUGUGCCACCAGAGAAGAUGAUCUUUGUUUUUGGUGGUCGCUGUCCGAAUAAAUUGUUCGCC